AACAUUGGCACAAGGCUGGGAGGAGCUGAGUAUCUUCUGUUGCUCUUUUCGUCAAUUUUUUCCCCAUCCACCUGCGAGCGGUCUUUACGUGGGUCUGCCUCGGUCAGCAGUUCCGGAGGAAAGCAGCUGACCAGCUGCAGCUGCAGCCCAUUGAUACAGGUCGUAAAAAGGGGAAAACACGCCACUGGAUCACCACCAGCACUACCAUCAAGAGCAGCGUUGGUGUCAAGGGGCGGCUGACAUCUAGGGGGUAGGGGUGGGGGUGAGGCAGAGGUGUCCCUGUGUGGAACUGGGGGUGCCUCGGGUCUGCGUAAAAGUUUCCCACCACCAUUUUCAGAGAUCUGUUUGGAGGUGUUUUCUUCCCCUCCUACAGUUUCCAGAUCGUCCUUUCUAGAAGGUCGAAGGAUGGAAAGAGUGGACCUCACAUGUUCUGUCUCCUCCUCGUCCAGUGCACCUUGUUCACCCUCUUCUUCGACUACCUCAACCUCGCCAUCAUCGUCGUCAGCAUCCUCGUCCUCCGCAUCGGGAUCCUUUAACAGGACCUCCUCAUCUUCCUCGUUGUCCACGUCAACAUCUGCGGUGUUCGCCAGAUCCUCUGCCUCUACUUCCACUUCACCUUCCACCUCAUCUGAAGGGAUCUUUUCAAACACUGUCUGGCGUCUAUUGUCUGCAUCAUCUCGGAAGCUGGAGCCCCUGUGACGACGACGGCGUUGGGGAGGUGACGAAUUCUCGUCAGAGUGGGAAUGGGAGGAAGAAACUGAGGAGUCGGAGUGUGUAGAGGCAGUAGAGGGUGAGGAAGGUGGGGUAGAAGUGAUAGUAGGAACCCCACCGAUGCCACUUUUACCAUUGGUAACCUUAGCUGGGAGGGGAGUUCGUGAGCCCAUGUCUGUGAGUUGAGCUGCAAGACGAUCCAAUUCCUCAGGCUUGCCACUGGCUGGUUGGCCAGUGGGCGUCUUCUGUUGUUGCGGCUGCGAUUGGCUGAGAGCUGGUGCUGGUGGAGGUGGUGGUGGAGUGCCCGGUAUGUUCCGUGAGAGAUCCAGAAUGGGCUGA